CACUUAUUUGGUACAACUCUGGAAAAAGAACAUGGUACGAUUAUUGAAAAAAUACUUAAAAGUCGCUAAUAAAACAAUUCAACAGACAGGGACGCGUUAUGAGAUGCUGGAUAAGACGUCCGAGGGCAGAUGAUGAAUUCCACUCAAAAGGCCAUAUACUCGGAGACUAUGUUGACAAGAGGAAUGUAACAUAUCAAGGAAUGUAUGUCGUGUUUAUGCUUGUCCAUUAACAAAGCAAGUAACCGGUACAUGCUAGUAGUGCAGUAUGGCCGCUAACACACACCUGAUCGGCGACAAGGAGACCAAUAAUUGGUUCAAAGCGUGCAUAGGACUCAAUGUUACGAAGGAAGGACUCACUAACUUUCUUUGCGCAGAAUUACAGAAAGUACACACCGUUGUUGGUAGAAGUUGUGGAAACUGCCCAAUUGGAAACCUCAUACAAUGUCCGACAAACCCAUAUUGUAACAAGAGGAAACGGAAUUAUUGUCCUUUUCACAAAUCACAGAAACCGCAGCCAUGCCCAAUAUGUGAUAAUGUAAAACAUAAUAUCAUGUUACAACACAGAUAUGGCGGACCUUCCUGGAGAAACACUCGUGCGGAAAAGUGGGCAUUAAAUUAUUGGGAAAUAGGUAAAUGCUACCUCCCUCCGGACGGAUAUAGCAGCAUUUCCUCGGUCCAGGAAUCAGACUGUAAUGGUGUGAUAAGCAUCAUGUUGAAUUGCCUACAUUUCCAGACAUGCCUCUCCCCCUUAUGUUUAUCACCUCCACCGCCUGAUAAGCAAUGUCCUCUAGAAAAGGUUCGACAGAUUGGCCGAGAUGUGCGACACACAUCCGACUGCAAGGUUACAGAUGCUGACUUGCAGGACUAUUUCAAGACACUGUCCACGCUCCUGGCUGACCCACCAUGCUUACAACAGGAUCCUUCAGCCAUCAUAGCAUGUAAAAGACUUAGUGAUUUGCAGAAUGAUCGUAUGUCCUUUGAAGAACUGGGCAAGCUGUUGAAAGAGGUCAAUCAAACGCUUGAAGAAGCAAAAAAGACCGGCAAACGUUUUUCUAAGAUUGCGGAAAGGACCUUGUCAAAACAUCUGCAGAAAUUGGAUGCUACUAAUCAGUUGGGGCUGAUACGCCUUAAAAAGAAGACAACAGUUGGGGAACAACGCCUUCAUAGCAAGACGAAAUAUGGGGAACAUCGCCUUGAAAGAAAGACACAAUCUGGGGCACAGAGAAUUGAAAGCAGUGUACAGCAUGGCAUUGAGCGCAUGCAACAGGCAGCAAACAAAACUGCACAAGCAGACUACGAACGAGACGUAGCAGAUUUUCGCCGUCGUUUAGUGGAACAUUACAAUGACACUUCGAGCAAUGUGCCUCUUUCAGUAUUGGAUCAGAGUCUUGAUAAACGUAUAACCGAUAUAUAUGCAACGCCGAAAAUGCACCGUUUUGAUAUAGCAAGUGAUGGGAAACGUGUUAAAAAGGACAUAGUACUGACAUACAAGGAACUCUUUUACACAGACGACACAAAGUCAAAUCGACGUGUAUACGUACAAGGCGAGCCCGGCAGCGGCAAGUCAACGUUUGCAGCCAAGUUAGUUCAUGAUUGGUGCGACGAAAAUCGGCCUUCAACGGCAGCUCCCAACAAAAAUGCAUCGUUUGAUGACGUGUUAAUCAUUCAAAAUUUCCAGUUCAUUUUUUUCCUCUCGUUGGGAGAAUCAAGAGGUCAGACCGAAGUAACGCAUAUAAUAAAGCAACAAAUCAUCGACACAAUGUAUUCUGAUGAAAAACGUGAUGUCAUGUACACUCUUUUACUCAGAAUAAUAGAGACGGAAAUAUGCCUUGUAAUACGUGAUGGUCUAGAUGAAUGGGUGGCUCCUGACGGUAGUAACCUUGCUGAACCUUCUAUGGCGGGAUUUCCAAAGGACAAGUGCGCGGUUCUUACAACUUCUCGACCAUGGAAACUUGCUGAUGAGCGUAUCAAGAAUUCACGGAUCGACAUCCUCGUAGAGAUCGAGGGUAUUAGCGAUUUAUAUACGUUUAGUGAAAGAGUACUGCGGUGCAUACUUGACAAGAGCAAGGAUCUAAUGACAACCGCGUGGGAAAUUGAGAGCUUCAUAGAGGAGCGUCGGCUGACCUGGUUAUCAAAUUCACCGAUGUUGUACACACUUGUUAUUUGCACGUGGGUGGACACUAUGGAGGAGGAGGAACAUUUGAACGGAUCUUCAUUGUGUGCAUUGUAUACUACUUUUCUUGAAAGCCUGUGUAAGAAGGCGAACGAUACAACUGGCUUUUUUAACGAUUUAAACCCUCCUCAUGUGAAGUGUUUUUCAAGAACAAGUUACCUUCGGCCUAUCAUUUCAAACGUAGAUGUCAUUUCAAAAGCUGCUUUUCAUCUUUUGUUUUCUCCUGAAAAGGAAAAGUCUAUUGUAUUCAACGAUCAGGAAUUGUCAAACUAUCUUACACCAUCUGAACAAGAGUUUGCUCUCAAAGCGGGACUGAUAUCAAAACGGAAAACCAAAAGAGCUUUAAAUUCGUCCAUCUCAUUUAUCCACAAAAGCAUUCAGGAAUUCCUGGCUGCUUAUCAUAUUGCCCACAAUGCACAUUUGGUUGAUGACGUCAUUUCCGGAUAUCUGGGACGUCAUUCGGAUGCAUAUCUCGACAUAUCCCAGGUGUUCAUAUUCCUAUGUGGACUGAACAUAUCGGCUGCCAAUAAGCUAUCUUGCAUUAUGAAUGAACAUAAUAAUAUUAAAAUGAUUCGACUUCAUGACAUAUUUCCAUAUGGAUUCGAUACGUUUCAAAGCAUCAUAGAGGCAGGAUACACAGAGGCUGUUUCAAAUGACCAAACUGGCAUUCUCCUCAGACACAGUCACUUUUAUAGCGAUGGGGACAACUUAAUGGUCAUGAACAACAUAUGGAGAGAAAACAAGUCCAAUGCUCUGGCUUUGGAAAUACAUGUAGACGACGAAACGGAUCAUGCCAUACAUAGUUCAUCUACACAUAGCGAGCCAACAUCGCAGGUUGAAUUUGACCUGUCAUCGUGCCUAAAUCUGAAAGCUUUGGUACUUUCUGGAAGCGGCAUACACUUGCAAGAUUCGUCGAGUUCGGUCUCAUCGACACUUCCGGUGUGUAUUGUACUAAAUAGUGCAAAUCCAGCCAAGUGUGCAGAUCCUCCACCACUACUGCCUUGCAUAGAAUGGAUUGUAUUGGAAGAUAUUACAUGUUCGUCUACCUGGCUACGCAGUCUGUUCAGCACAUUACUGACACUCGAGCAAAAUGCUGUGUGUGAACUGACGGAUGUCAGUUGUCAAGGUACAUUUAUUCUUUCCGCAACAUUAUCGUGUUUAAAGAAAACAUUAGCAUACAAUAGCGAUCCUUAUUUACAAGAGUGCGACGUUCUAUGGGAGGUUCUCCAUGGUCUGAAUAUAAAAAGCCUUAGUCUGGAUACAAGUGUAAUAAAUUGUGCAGACAUGAUGUCCCAGUCACUUUCAUCGCUCACUCAUCUGGACACGCUUAGUAUUGAAGUGAAUGAAUACAGUCCCGGUCUGUGUAAGGCUCUCCAUGGUCUGAAUAUCAAGAGUCUGAGUCUGAGUGGUCUAUAUGGAGGUUUUAGCGUAGACUAUGCAGACUCGAUGUCCCAGUCACUUUCAUCGCUCACUCAUCUGGACACGCUUAGUAUUGAAGUGGAGGAUGACAGCCCCGGUCUGUGGGAGGCUCUCCAUGGUCUGAAUAUCAAGAGUCUGAGUCUGAGGGGUCGAUAUGGAAAAUUAAACGUAAAUUAUGCAGACUCGAUGUCCCAGUCACUUUUAUCGCUCACUCAUCUGGACACGCUUAGUAUUGAAGUGGAUGUUGACAGUCCCGGUCUGUGUAAGGCUCUCCAUGGUUUGAAUAUCAAGAGUCUGAGUCUGAGUCUGAAUCGGCACGGAUGUUAUAAUGUUAAGCAUGCAGAGAUGCAAGCACAGUCACUAUCAUCGCUUAAACAGCUUGAAAAGCUUUCAAUAUUUUUGCGGACAUAUAUCGACAUAAAGCUACCUCAAUCAUUGAAGUAUUUAAAUAUCUACUGCGUGACAUUGCUUCCAUCGGAGUUACACGAACUUGUGGGCACACUGUCUGCAUGUACUCGUACAGUUGAGAGUAAGCUGGAAUUCGGUUGCGCUUCUUUCAACGAUUUCCGUGUAAAAUCAAUUCCACCAGAGGAAUACAUUUCAAUCCAACAAGAACUGGGGACUCUGAAUCAUGUUGCCGUGAAACGAUUCCGAAUAUUACACCGGAUUUGUGAGUAUGAUGCCGCAUCUCCUUGGUCCGUACGUGGCAUUGGUGGUGUCCAAGACGAUAAUACGGAUGAUGAUAAUGUAAACGAUGUUGCAUAUAAAAGCUUCGUUACCGCAACCGCCGACCCAAUAAGCCAUGGAAUCAUUAAUCGAAUUGCAAUGCGACUUCUGAUUACUCCAUCCUCAAACUCAUGAAUCGUCGAUAAAUGCGACUGCAACACGUGAUAAUAACGAGAACAAUUGUAUUCAUUAUGUCUGGAACAUUUUAAAUAAGAAUGAUAUAUCUCUCUUGGAUAGCAUACAUAGACAGUAGGCAUUGUAAAACAUUAAUUCAACAAGUUUAAAUAAUUAACAUUUUUGUGAUGUGUUAUUGGUGUGUAAAUGUUAUAAAUGGAAAAUGUUUGAUGAAAUGCAUGCCAAUUUUGUAAAAGUAUUUAAAGUAUACAAACACCAUAAAUUCCAACACGUCA